AGUCGUGUUUUGGAUUCCGAUUGCGGCAAGUGCGAUUCGCCGCGGAGAAGCAAAUAAAAUUAAGUGCCUAUACUUAAUUGUUGACAAUCGAUUGAGAGUUAGAGUCGUGAAUUCAUUUAGUCGUGUUUGCAUAUUGUAACAUCGCAUAAUGGGUGUCACCUGUGUAAUUGACUUCGAUAACAAUCCCUAUGGCACAUACUUUGCUGGCCAAGUGGUAACCGGCAAAGUUACAUUGAAAUUGGACAAAUUGAAACUGGCUAAAGCUGUUACUUUAAACAUUAAUGGAUUUGCUGAAACACAUUGGACAGAAUCAAGGGGCACUGGUAAAGAUAGAACUACCGAUACAUAUCGAGGACGGGAGGACUACAUAGCAUCCCAGACUUACCUAGUGGGUUCUAAUUUUAGUACGGAAGUUUCCCUUGAACCCGGUGUCCACGUCUAUAACUUUACUUGUCAGAUUCCCGCCACUUGUCCCUCUUCCAUAGAGGGACACUUUGGCAGAAUUCGCUAUAUGACAAAAGUGUCUAUUGUGCGGCCGUGGAAAUUUGAUCAAUCUUACACACGUUGCUUUACGGUACUCAAAAUGAUGGAUUUGAACUACGACAGUCCACUACUAAGGGUACCCGCUCAUUGCGAGAGCCUUAAGACCUAUUGCUGUUGGCCAUGUACAUCGGAUCCGCUACAACUGCAAUUGACGCUGCCUCAGACUGGCUUCGUGCCUGGUCAGAUUUGCAUUGUGGACAUGCUGGUCACUAACGACAGUCACAUACGUGUGGAGCAGCUGCAGAUCAGUCUGGUAAUGAUGGUUACUUACCAUGCCUCACAUUUCGCGAGAACCUCCUCCAAAAAUGAGCGAAUUGUCGUGACCAAGCUAAUGGGUGACCCUGUUCCUAAUCAUUGCAAGAAACAAUUUAAAUACUCUCUCCGUCUGCCCGCCACGCCACCAACUUGCUUUAACCUAUGCCGCAUUAUUCAAAUUGCAUAUCAAGUUGAGGUGGAGGCCAAGGUCAAGGGCUUUCAUAGGAAUGAGGUUGUGAAAGUACCUUUGACUAUUGGCAGUGUGCCGUUGACCGAGCACCUUCAGAUGCAGCCAAGAAAUCUGCAAAGUUAUCCAGCUCAAACUCUGGAUGUGGCAGGACUGGAAUAUUCUUCAGAGAUAGCCACAGCGCCUCCUGGCUCUCCAGGCAUUCCACCCCCUAACUACGAGGAAGCUGUGCAUAUGCGUUCUACUUUGGGUGGCAAGACCAAUGACGAGUUUGAAGGAAGUGCACCGCCAAAUACUAUUAGCUUGGAUGGCUCCGAUUUUAGCCCACGCUAUCCCAUAUUUAAUAUUCCGACAGCACCUAUGGAUGUCACGGACAAUAAUAAUGAAAACUUUAACAGCGACUCAAAUGCAAACAAGGGAACUUGGCUUUGACCAUGGAAUCGCAUUGGACUGCAAAAUACAGGAUACAAUAUAAAACCUAAGGUUGCCUAGUCGUUAUUGAGAUCGGAUUUACAGCUAAAAUAACCAGAAAAGUACAGAUAUCUGGAAUUGCCAUCAGUGUUAAACAGAAUUAGCACUUUCAA